AUGAAUGAGGUUCUAUGUAUUUGUGGAAAUAUAACACAUUUAGCAACUGGUAGUCUUGAUCGAACAGUUAAUAUAUGGUUAUUAAAUGAUGGAAAAUUAUGUCAAACAUUAAAUGGUCAUUCAAAAGGUGUUUGGUCAGUAAAAUUUCUUUCAACAUCACUUUUAAUUAGUGGAGCAUAUGAUGCAACAAUUAAAAUUUGGAAUAUACAUACAGGUAUUUGUAUACGAACACUUUUAUCACAUAGUGGUCCAAUAUGGUCAUUAGCAUGUUCGAAUGUUUUUUGUUUAUCUGGUUCACAAGAUCGAACUGCACGUUUAUGGCGUUUACCUAAAUGUGAACUUUAUGCAACGUUAACUGGUCAUACAUCAAGUGUAUUCGGUGUUGAUCUUAAUCAAGAACAAAAUCUUUGUGCAACAGCUUCAGCUGAUAGAACAGUUCGAUUAUGGUCAUUAAGUACAACUCAAUGUAUUAAAAUUCUAUAUGCAACAACGGAUGAUUAUAUAAUGAGUGUAUCACUUCAAUAUGGUUAUAUAGCAUAUUCAUUUGGUGUUCAUAUUAUGAUCUAUAAAGUUAAUAUACCAGAAUCACGUCCAUGUCAUGUUCAAAAAAUAAUGGAAACACAUGAACAUCGAGGACGAAUUGAAAGUGUUCAAUUAGUAUUAUUAAGUGAUGACGAUACACAACCAUCACUUGUUUCAGCUGGUCAAGAUGGUUUAGUAAAAUAUUGGGAUUUAAAUCAUAUUGCAAGUCAACACACAUACAAUACACAGAAUAAUGAAAUUGUCAAAAUAAAUUGUAUAUAUGUUGAUCGAGAUCAUAUUGUCACUGUUGGUGAUGAUUGUUUAGUUAGAGUUUUAAAUUUUGCACCACGAAAAUAUGGAAAUUAA